AAAUUCCUACAAAAAAAUUCAAAUAAAUUUUAAUUGAAAUUUCAAAAACCUACAAAAAAGCAUCCGCCAAGUAUGAGCGAUUUAAGUGAGUUCGCCCUGGACCGCCACUUUGCCUCCCAGCUGCGCAACCUGCAGUCGUAUUCCAAGGAGCACCCAGUCAGCCAAGAGGACCAUGACAUUAGCCAGCGCUGGAUGCCACACUUCCAAGAAGCCAAGGGUCUGGAUAAGUUCGCCCGCAACUGCAUGCUGCUGAUGAUGUUCAACCAGUUGCGAGAUCUUGGACACUUAAGUAAACCCUUCACCGAACUGGAGAACUUGAGCCGCUCCAUGGACGAUUUGCUGAACGAGUACCAUGGGCCGAUGACGGCGGAGGAGCAGCAGCAGCCGGCGGAUGGUGAUACUCAGGACGCGGAAACCGAUGUCUCGAACUAUGGCAGUGGAAGUUGUCGCCUCUCGUCUGAGGUGCCACCAACGUUUGCCAUUUCCCUUCCCGAAUUCGAGAGCAUUAAGCAGGCUAACCAGGAUCUGCUAAAGGAAAUCGACUCGCUGCACAGUCGCACGGUGGAAACGGAAAAGCUCUUCAUCAGCAAGCACAAAAUUCUGGAGAAGCAGAUUGCCGAGAAAUCGGUGGCGGCCAAGGCGGAACUUCCUCAGGAUAGCAUCUAUCAGGCCUGCCAUGCGGCCAUUGAUCUUCUGAAGAAUUGGCCGGGCGAGUCAGUGCGACUGAAUUUUCUGGCCACCUGCCUGGAGCCCUUGCUCCGGAAUGAUGUGGUCACCAGUUUGCAGAUAUCCGAGUUGGAUCUCAGUUUGGAGAAUACUCUAAAUGGCAUGGUUAUACAGGCCUGCUCGCGAAGGGAGGAAAGUGUGCGCAUGCUAUAUAAUGCUAUUAUGGUGCACGACAAGGACGACUUGAAGAAAAAGGAGGACAAAUGGCGCCGAUUGCAGGAAUCCACUAUGCUGGAGCGCCAACGAUUGCGGGCUCUAUCCGAGGAUUUGAAACGCCGCGAGGACCUCAUUUGGAGGUUCCAGGCCGUUGCCACGCUCGCCAUUUCAGGACGUCCCUCCGAUGACCAGCGCAGUCCCAGCUCCUCAACGUGUGAGUCGUGUCAGAAAGAAAAGGCAAUCGGAAAAGGACUCAUAGAUCCCAUAAGCAGGAACAGCAAAAGUGGAAAACCCAAAAGUUUUGUAGAUUUGGAAAACUUAUCCGACGUACUGAGCGAUCUGUCCACAGAAUAAUCCUCGAAACCCGCUGCCAAGCACACAUUUUUAUAUAUAUUUUUUAUUUUCUUGUUGGCAUCAAUAAAUCGUUGAGUUGCUUUUAAAA